AUGGACAGGCGGGGUGGUGUUGCUUAUUAUAACCCAACUGCCGGAGGUGGAUCGAUGCUCAUCGAUGCUGGCGAUGGAUAUGCUGAACCUAUGAAUGUCAUCAUCUCUGGACUUAGCUCUUCCGAUGUCCUCACACUUCACGGAGCUAUCAAUUUUGCCCGUGCUAUUGGAUUUUCUGAAGAAUGUUUCGGCAUUCAGUUAGGUGGGUAUAUGUCCGCCGACUUGGGAGAUGGAAACGGAUGGGUCAAUCAAACCAUUGAACUUCGCCAAGACUAUGGAAACACAGGAGGCGGAACGUGCCUCGAGAGCCUCAUCGGAGGAAAUCAUUUUCGUAUUUUUGUACAGAAAGGCACUGCGGCGGAGAGUGGAGCUCUCUUCCUAGCCGUGUCUCAAGAGGAGCCCAUAUCAGAACAUCAUGAUAUAAUGCCAGAUGGGUACGAUAUUGGCCGCAACCAGCUAGUGUCAGCUGCGGUUGGUGAAACAUGGUUUCAUAGGGUCAAAUACAAUACCACCGCCCAAAACAUCACUGGUCUCCUCGCAGCUGGUGCUGAUGGUAUUAACCAUGGCAUCGCUCAAGAUGGUAUUGUUACGUUGUUGACUGUUACGAUUGCCAGUGGUUGA